AUGGACUUCGCAUCACUCAUGUCGGCGCAGAUCGCCAAAGCCAAACCGACACCAAAGUCGCAGACGCCAGAAGAAGCGAAACCAUCCAAGUACAUCAAACGCGCCGACGUCGAAGCACAACGACAAGCCGACUACGCCGCCGAACAAAAAGCAAUAGAAGAUGCGCGAAUCGCUAGGCUUGAGAAGAAGCGCAAAUUCGAAGAAGACGAGGCAGAGAAGAACAGAGCAAGGGAGGAGAAGCGGAAGAGACUGGCAGAAGAGAGCAGAAGAUUGAGAGAGGAAGAAGAGGAACGGGAAGAAAGGAUUCGCAGAAAGAGGCUGGGACUACCAGAUCUACCACCGAAAGAGAAGGCUAUCGAGAGCGGUGAUGCCACACCUGUGCCUGAGAACGAUAUUCCGCCAGAGGAGCUCGUGCAAAAGUUGAGGGACAUGAACGAGCCUGUGCGCUUGUUUGGAGAAACGCAUAACGGUCAACUGCGACGAUACAGAAAACUCGCUGGAAUCGAUGCUCCAGGCAAGCCGAAGGCAAUCAUGUAUUCUGGUCCCAUACCCACUACCCUUGAGCCUGUACCCGAAGCCGACAUGAAGGUCUCUGAUGUUGUGCCCAAGGAUAUUGAAGGCCGCGCCUUUCUCUACCGCCAGCUCGCUUCCUAUUUCACUUUGGUCCUGUCAGAGUGGCAAGUCUCGCUGUCUCUUCGAGAUGAGGCUGUUAAGACAAGCAGUAGUGGUAAAGCUGCCUACAGUGCCAUGGUUCAAGCUCGCGACAGCAUGGUGCCACUAUACCGAAAGUUGGAGAAAGGAGAGGUAGAAGAAGGCAUUCUGGGUCCGAUUGUUGAAAUUGUCCGAGCCUGUCAGGAGAGACGCUAUGUUGAUGCCAACGAUGCUUACCUGCGUUUGAGUAUCGGUAAAGCGUAA